AUUCGGUGAAGGGGCGGAGAGAACCGAAGGGGCUCCCCUUCAUUUUCUUGACUUGUUGUGAUCAGCUUCCUAUUUGCUUCUCUUCUUGGGCUUACCUCCGCUUAGCGAUCCCUCUGACCCUGAUCGUGUUUCUUGAUCUUUGACCCGUUCUUCAUCUCUCCCUCUCUCUCUCUCUCUCUUUCUGUGGACACGGCUCAAGCCGAACCAUUUCAAUUCUCGGACGUGUUUGCUGCUUCGAGUAUAAAUAUCUGAUAGCCUGUCCCAGGAGGAACUUGCGCGGCCAUGGAUAGGAAAAGCAGCAGCAGUCCAUGGCUGUUCACACUCCCAAGCUUCUUGCUCUGCUUCUUAUCUCUCUGCACCACCCACCUCUGUAUUGGCUCCGACACCGACACCAUCUCCGCUAACCGGUCCAUCUCCGGCAACCAAACCUUAGUCUCCUCCGGCGGCAACUUCACGCUCGGCUUCUUCACACCGGGUAACUCCACGUACUCCUACAUAGGCAUCUGGUACAACAAAGUCAGAGUGCCAACCAUCGUCUGGGUCGCCAACAGAGACAACCCCAUCACCGACAGGUACUCCACUGAACUGAAGAUCUCGGGUGGCAAUCUUGUUAUGGUCAACGACUCCCGAGUCCCCGCUUGGUCCACGAAUCUGAGUACUUCAUCUGGGUCGAGCUCCACGGUGGCGGUUCUUGGGGACGACGGCAACUUCGCUCUCAAGGACGGGCCGAAUUCUUCCGUGACUCUGUGGCAGAGCUUCGAUCACCCGACGCACACGUGGCUUCCUGGUGCGAAAUUAGGGAUCGACAAGCGCACGAACACGAGUCAGCUCUUGACAUCAUGGAAGAACGCCGAGGACCCCUCGCCAGGUUUGUUCUCUCUCCAGCUCCAGCCAUCCAGUGAGUACUACAUAUGGUGGAAUAGGUCUCAGCAUUACUGGACCAGUGGGACGUGGGACAAUCAGUCGAAAGUUUUCUCUUUGGUCGCUGAAAUGAGAUCAAGGUUUGUGAUGGAUAUUUACUAUUUCGAAUAUGUGGACAAUGAUAACGAGAGCUAUUUCACCUAUUCAGUGUACCCCACCUUCAACACCAUAACAAGGUUUGUGAUGGAUCUUUCUGGGCAGAUCAAGCAGGAGUCCUGGUUGCCUUCUAACCAGGCGUGGAACUUGUUCUGGUCUCAGCCUCGGCAACAAUGCGAGGUGCAUAGACUUUGUGGGCCUUUCAGUGUUUGCAGCGAGAGUACCAACAAUUGCUGCACCUGCUUGCCGAGGUUUAGCAUCAGCUCUCCGAGGGAUUGGAAUCUGAGGGAUUGGUCUAGCUGUUGCAAGAGGAAUUUGGACUUGAAUUGUGCGGCAACUGCUUCGAAUGCGGAGAAAGACCGUUUCUUGCCAAUGUCUAACAUGAAAUUGCCAGAUAAUUCCCAAUCUUCAGAUGUUGGGAGCGAUAAGGAAUGCCAAGCUGCUUGUUUGGACAAUUGCUCUUGCACCGCUUAUGCUUUCGAGGAUAAUGCCUGCUCAAUUUGGAUUGGGGAUCUCUUCAAUGCGCAACAGCUCACACAAGGUGAUACCACUGCAAAAAGCUUCUAUCUCCGGCUUGCUGCAUCAGACGUUGAGGAUCCAAGCAAGAAGCGCAACAUAACUGCGAUAGUUGCAGGGUCUGUUAGCGCCGCGGUAGCGAUAUUAGCCAUUGUCUUGUUUGGCGUUUGGAGAUGGAGGAGAAGGGCAACUGUGACAACAAAGACAGUGGAGGGUUCACUGAUAGCCUUUGCAUACCGGGACUUGCAAGUAGCAACAAAGAAUUUCUCAGAGAAGUUGGGUGGGGGCGGGUUUGGUUCAGUUUUCAAAGGAACAUUACCUGAUUCAAGUCACAUAGCAGUCAAGAAGCUUGAGAGCAUAAGCCAAGGAGAGAAGCAAUUCCGAACAGAAGUAAGCACAAUCGGCACCAUCCAGCAUGUGAAUCUUGUCAGGCUUCGUGGGUUCUGCUCUGAAGGUGACAAAAGGCUGUUGGUCUAUGAUUUCAUGCCAAAUGGUUCCUUAGAAUAUCAUCUCUUUCAUGCCAAGGACUCAAAGACCUUGGAUUGGAAAACGAGGUACCAAAUUGCUUUGGGAACGGCUCGAGGUCUGGCUUAUCUCCAUGAGAAGUGUAGAGACUGCAUCAUACAUUGCGACAUCAAGCUAGAGAACAUCCUUCUAGAUUCUGAAUACUGUCCAAAAGUGGCAGAUUUUGGCCUGGCAAAGCUUGUUGGCCGAGAUUUCAGCAGGGUCUUGACGACCAUGAGAGGCACAAGAGGGUAUCUUGCGCCGGAGUGGAUCUCCGGAGUGGCCAUAACAGCAAAAGCUGAUGUUUAUAGCUAUGGAAUGAUGCUCUUUGAAUUUGUGUCAGGAAGGAGGAACUCGGAGCAAUCAGAAAAUGGGGCCAUCAAGUUCUUCCCAACAUGGGCUGCUAGUAAGAUAACCGAAGGAGGCGACCUGCUUGAUCUUUUGGACCCAAACUUGGAGACAAACGCUGAUCCUGAAGAGCUAUUGAGGAUUUGCAGAGUCGCUUGUUGGUGUGUCCAAGAUGAGGAAACUUGCAGGCCAUCGAUGGGGCAGGUUGUUCAAAUACUCGAGGGGGUGUUGGAUGUGAACCUGCCCCAGAUACCGAGAGCCCUUCAACUAUUUCUUGAUAAUCAGGAGCAUGUAGUUUUCUUCACAGAGUCAUCAUCGUCUAACCAGAGUUCCCAGACGAAGAGUCAUACCUCAACUGCUUCCUUGCAGAAACAAAAUAGUUCAUCUUCAACAAAGUCCGAGUCUUGAGGAAUAUAAGACAAAUGCUUUGGACAAGUAGUGCUUCAGUUAGGUAAUGCAUAUCCUCUUCUGCUUUUUCUGUAGUCAAGAAAGAAUCUCAGCAUUUGGGGAUUGGCUUUCUUGGGGCUUUUUCCCCUAGCUAUUUUUGUUACAUAUAGAUACAAGCAAGCUUGGAUCAUGUGCCAUGCCAGGCCAGACCAGUUGUAAGGACCCUUAAGUCUUAAUAAUGAUCUUUUCUCUGCUUUUUGAGAUCCAAGGCGAUAUUGUUAAUUAGCAUCGAAAACUGUCAUCUCCACUUUCUGACAUUGGGAUCUACGUAUUGGUAUAUCCUAGCUUGGAUUUCAGCUGGUGUCUCGCAUGGUUCUCAAAUCUGCCCUCAUUGCAUGCGUAGCGGGCUUUGAUGCUUGGCAUUUCUCAGUAUAAACUCCUCUUUCUACUUGCUUUUUGCUUUGUUUAUAUAGUGAGUCAUGGUACGAAAACCGCCCUUAAAACUAUGACUUGCUAGGACUGGGAUUUAUGUCAUGAUAAUUUCCAGCCAAUGUAUGUAUUACCAGCAGAUCCUUUUGUUGGAGCUGUAGGAUGUUAAUGCCCGCCCUGUUGUUUGCAUGGCAUUUACAUCUCUUCUAAAGUCAAA